AUGGCGCCAACAUCGGGACCAAAUCGGCGCGCAGACACCGACAAGGGAAGUUGGCGAGCGUUUGCGUCCGACGAAGAUUUGGUCCUGGAAAGCUGGAGCCAAGGAUGUCUGGUUGGGAGUCUCCUCAUUAUGGGUUGCGUGACGGUCGCAAAUAUGAGAAAAGGAGUGCUCCUACACAAAUUGAUUCUCCUAGAGGUGAUGGUGGAACCCCCCAUGCCAACAUGUCCAGGUACUUUCUGCUUCUUCACGUUUCCCGGUUACGGCUGGUAUCUGAGUUCGACUGCGGCCCUCUUGUACUGCUCCUGGGUAGUCCAUAACGUUGUGGCAUGGUUGAAGAUCGGCCCGUUGGUCUGCAAGUGGGUUCGAAGGAUCUAUCUGGGUUCUCUGGCCUGCACGAUACCUCCGAUCAUUCUUCAGAUUUACGACAACUUCCGCUUCUUCAAUAACAUCAACGAUCUCUAUGUCACAGUGAGACCAUACGAACCGUUGAUGCGUGACCCAUGGUGGGUUUUCUCCGUCCUGACCCUCUUUGAGGUCAUCCGGAAAUGCUACGGGACUGGGGUCCUGGAACUGAUUAAACGAUCUCCUCGAUUCGCUAUCUUGCUAUCUGCCAUCUGUCUCUCCUUGAUUUUUACAGUGUUGGAUAUUGUUGCAAGCAUUCACAGCUUUAUUGGAUCUACAGACGGGAUUAACCCUUGGUGGAAGCUAUCACUUAUGUUCAAAUGUUUGACCGAUACAAUCAUGCUCGACGAUUUCAAAACCGAGUUGAAGCGGCUGGGAAUGAAAAGACUACGACGGGACGAAAUGCGACGCCAAAGUGUGGCUCUUGUGGCGGAUAGCCUCGAAUCCAAAAGGGGAGACGGGCAUAUGGAAUUCUCUGACCCGUUAAGUUACAAUCCUACAGAAUACCGGACAACGCAAAACCUCGAGGUCACCCCGACUGGAAGUCCUGUGGGUAGGUUGAGGCAAGGAUCAAUGACCGACCCACAAAGCAAUCCCGCAGAACAACUCGGGAAGAUAGGGAAGAAGUUGACCCAUCUACCCACGCUCAAGGAUCUUUCUCUAAAGCAUACAAAGAGAAAGCUCGAAGCUAAAAGCGAGGCGAAGGGCACUCGUGACAAUGCCGCAACCGCGUCCGCGCCUGAUCGAUUGUCGCAAAUGAGACAAAGUCUGGGAAUUAUUGACUAUGAUCCUCGUUGA